AUGCCUUCUCGACGGUCGCAUACCAAAUCCCACCACGGGUGUCGGCAGUGCAAGGCGAGGAGAGUCAAGUGCGAUGAGACGAGCCCUCAGUGCCAGCGCUGUGUGAAGCGACAAAUCCCCUGUUCGUUCCUCGAGAAUGGCUCCGAAGGGUUUCCGACGCCCCCGGGAAAUACGUCCAUCCAUGACACAUCGACUCCCAAGAGCUUGGACCAUCAGCAUUCAGACCCCGAGAAGACACGCCAUGCCGCACAGUCGACUCCCCAAGCCUCGUCGCCGCUGGCAACAGACAAAGACUCGGCCAAUGCUGACAAGCGCUUUGAUCUCCUGGAUCUGGAGCUCAUCCAACAUUACUCUACCCGGACUUACAUGACCAUGUCCUCGAGGCUCGCCACCCACGCUGUCUGGCGUGACACGGUCUUUGCAGAGGCCUUGCGCCAUGACUAUCUCCUACACGGCUUGAUGGCCACUUCGGCCCUGCAUAAGGCGACUUUGCUGCUGAAGUCGUCGGAUGCGUAUGCCGAGUAUUCCAAGGUCGCCCUGGCUCACCAGAAUGCUGCCUUGGCUGGAUUCAUUCCGGCGGUCAGCAAACCCAAUCAGGACAACGGCAUUGCCUUAUUCUCUGUGUCCCUUCUUCUUACGAUAUGGGCUUUUGCCUCCAAGAAACUGCCAGAGGGUCUUAACAGGGUGAAGCUGAACUUCGGCACAGGCGAAUCAUCCCCUGGUAUCACCCUGCCCAUGGACUCGCCGACAGCCGACUUCAUCGAAAUCAUCAUGAUCCUCAGGGGGAUAUACGCCGUGAUUAGAGAGACUGAUACGUGGCUUCAGGGUGACAUCGAAGAGCUGCUGCGCUAUCCUCGUACAGAAGAUCUACCGCCGCAUUCGCCAGAGGUGGAGGAGACCUUCGCCACGCUGCGCAAAGCCCUGGAAGAUCCUCAACUGUCGUCACUAUGGGAGGGCGAAGACCCUCAACGAAUGAGGAAUCUCUUCCUUGAGCAAAUGGAGCAGUUGCGCGACAUCUCGAGAUGUCGUUCCGUGGUCGAAUGGGAUGGCCACAUCUUUUCCUGGCUGAUCAUGGCACCACCGCCCUUCAUCCACUGUCUCAAGCAGAGCAACCCCAUGGCUCUAGCAAUAUUUGCUCAUUGGGCUGCCAUGUUCCGAUGCAUGGACCAUCACUGGUGGGCAAAUGGCUGGGGCUACAGCUUGGUCGUGGAUGUGUCGAGCCUGCUGGAUAUUGUGUGGGCAAGAUACUUGGAUUGGCCAAGAAGACAAGUCGGUCUCGUGUUUCAAGGCGGUGGAGCUUUCGAUGCCCGCCGGAUGACCUGA